AAUCCUAUAAAAUCGUAUCGUUCAAUAAGCUCCGAGUUGGAGGAGAUCUCAGAGAUUUCGAUCGAUGGAAAUGAGGAAGCCGGCGAUGGAUCUCGCCGUGGCUGUGGUCGCGCUUCUGCUGUGCUUCGGCGUCGCCGGAGUCUCGUCGGACGCAUCCAAUCACCGGUACAAGAAGGGCGACCACGUCCCCCUCUACGUCAACAAAGUUGGCCCUUUCCACAACCCCAGCGAGACGUAUCGCUAUUUUGAUCUACCAUUUUGCACCCCAGAGCAUGUGACUGAGAAAAAAGAAGCACUUGGAGAAGUUCUGAAUGGGGACCGUCUGGUAGAUGCCCCAUACAAGCUUGACUUCGGUACAGAUCAGAAGGCUGAAUUGCUUUGCAAAAAAAAUCUCUCAAAAGCAGAUGUUGCCAAGUUCAGAAGUGCAGUCUCCAAGGACUACUACUUCCAGAUGUAUUAUGAUGAUCUUCCUCUUUGGGGAUUCAUUGGAAAAGUUGACAAGGAAGGUAAAGACCUUGAGGAGUACAAGUACUUCCUCUACCAGCGCUUCCACUUUGAUGUCGUGUACAACAAAGACAGGGUGAUUGAGAUUACUGUCCACACUGAUCCCGAUAUGCUGUUGGAUGUGACAGAUGAUAAGGAUAUUGAAGUGGAAUUUGUGUAUUCUGUUAAUUGGAAGGAGACCACCAUAUCAUUUGAAAAGAGGAUGGAGAAGUAUUCUCAGACUUCUUCACUACCUCAUCAUCUGGAGAUUCAUUGGUUCUCCAUUAUAAAUUCUUGUGUUACAGUUCUUCUCUUGACUGGAUUCCUUGCUACGAUCCUCAUGCGGGUGCUUAAAAAUGACUUUGUCAAGUAUGCACAUGAUGAAGAGUCUGCUGAUGAUGAAGAAGAGACUGGUUGGAAAUAUAUCCAUGGUGAUGUCUUUAGGUUUCCAAAGUACAAGUCUCUGCUGGCUGCUUCUCUUGGUUCUGGCACACAGUUAUUUACUCUCACAAUUUUCAUUUUUAUUCUUGCUCUUGUUGGGGUUUUCUACCCAUAUAAUCGCGGGGCUCUUUUUACUGCACUUGUGAUCAUUUAUGCACUUACCUCCGGCAUUGCUGGGUAUGCUGCUACCUCUUUUUAUUGUCAGCUAGAAGGGACAAACUGGGUGAGAAAUUUGCUAUUGACAGGAUGCCUUUUCUGUGGGCCUUUAUUUCUCACGUUUUGCUUUCUUAAUACUGUCGCGAUCAUAUACAGUGCCACUGCAGCAUUACCAUUUGGAACUAUUGUUGUUAUUGUCCUCAUUUGGACACUGGUGACCUCUCCGCUACUGGUUUUGGGUGGAAUUGCUGGUAAAAACAGCAAAACAGAGUUUCAAGCACCUGUUCGCACAACAAAAUAUCCUAGAGAGAUUCCAGAGCUGCCAUGGUAUCGGCAUACUGUUCCACAAAUGAUAAUGGCUGGCUUUCUUCCUUUCAGUGCAAUCUAUAUCGAGCUUUACUACAUAUUUGCAAGUGUAUGGGGGCACAGAAUAUAUACUAUAUAUAGCAUUCUAUUCAUUGUCUUCAUCAUCCUCAUUAUCGUCACUGCAUUUAUUACCGUUGCACUGACCUACUUCCAACUUGCUGCAGAAGAUCACGAAUGGUGGUGGAGGUCUUUCCUAUGCGGAGGAUCGACCGGCCUCUUUGUCUACGGAUACUGUUGGUACUAUUACCAUGCUCGCUCUGACAUGUCAGGCUUCAUGCAGACCUCCUUCUUCUUCGGUUACAUGGCUUGCAUCUGCUAUGGCUUCUUCUUGAUGCUUGGCACGGUCGGCUUCCGUGCUUCUCUGCUCUUCGUCCGCCACAUAUACCGAUCCAUCAAGUGCGAGUAGAUUAUGGAUCACUGAGUUGUAUCAGCCUCGACGGUUUCCUUUCCAGGAAAGAUUCAUGCGAUAUGUUGACUGCUGCACUCAUUCUACAUGGGAAUUGUAGUGGUAGACUAUUCUUGGUUGUUUUCGAUCGAUUUAGCAUCUUCCACAUGUAUUGUUGUUGAUGUUUGUAAGGGCCCUAUAUUACGUGCAUUCCUGAGAUUCUCAAAACAGAUUUUACAAUCACACUAUGUACUAAGAACCCGUUUUGUUU